CGCGUGUUUCUCUAUCGGGCGGGUGGUGUGUUAUGUCCUCGGUGGACACCGUGCUGUCGACGAGCCCAACAUUUCCCGAUUCGGUACACGUGCCGGAAAAGUAGACACUGCCGACAAGGCCGCCGCCGGCCGCGAAGUCCGCCUUUCAUGCGCCCAAGCGGGAGUCUCCAAUGGAAUCUCUCGCGCUACAAGAUGUGUCUGCGGAUUUGACGCCCAAAAUUAUAUCCAGUCGAAAUGGACAGCAUUUACCUUCAUGCGCAACACCGCCAAGAAUCAGUGUUAGUUGGAAGAAUCUAUCUUACAGUGUGCCCACAUCAAAAGGCAAGAAGAAAAACCUCCUGAACGACCUUUCCGGAAACCUGAGGUCUGGAGAGUUGACCGCAAUCCUCGGACCCUCAGGUGCCGGAAAGACGACCCUGCUCAACAUAUUAUCUGGCUUCCAGACCCGGGGUUGCCAGGGACAACUCUUUGUCAAUGGGCAAGCUACGAAGGAGAAGAGCUUCCGUAAACUGAGCAGCUACAUCAUGAACGGGGACAAUCUGAUACAGCACCUGACGGUACGAGAAACCAUCGACGCGGCGGCCAGGCUGAAGAUGCCGGAAAACAGCACGUACCAGCAAAGAGAUGCCCUGGUGACGAAUCUCCUCAAGUCCUGGGACCUGGACGGCUGUGAACACAGAGCCAUCAGGCAUCUCUCGUCCGGACAGAGAAAGAGGGUUACCGUAGCGCAAGAGUUGGUCAACACUCCACCGGUGAUAUUCCUCGAUGAGCCCACAAGUGGCUUGGACAGCAGUAGCUCACUGCAGUGCAUCAUGUUGCUGAGGGAGUUAGCGACCAGGGGUCUUACCAUUGCCUUCAGCAUACAUCAACCAAGUUCGAGGCUCUUUCAACUGUUUGACAGACUGUACGUGUUAGCGGAAGGCUCCUGCAUCUACAGAGGUCCCGCCAAAGACAUGGUGCUCCAUUUGAAUUCCAACAAUCUACAAUGUCCUCCGUUCUACAACCCGGCUGAUUUUUUGAUCGAGGUUGCAUCUGGAGAUUAUGGGAGCGUGAAAGAUAGUCUUGUGGAAUAUACGAACAUAAACAUGGAUAAAGUGCCCUGCUAUGCCUCUGCGAUGACAAAUGGUUACAUCGAAGAUACCCAGCAUGAUGAAGUGGCUGUGGUUCCCUUGUUAACCAGGGAGGAUCGAGUGUUUGUAAAUACGGUCUCACUCGGCCUUCAAAUCAAAGUGCUACUGAAGAGAUGUUACCUCUCACUAGUGCGAAAUCCCAUGGUGUUUCAUCUCCGUCUGGCCACCCACGUGGCGGUGGGCGUUAUUAUGGGUCUCCUGUACUACGGCACGGGAAACCGGGCCGACCUAUUAUUUAACAACGCGACGCUCGUGUUCUUCGCCCUCAUGUUCCUCACUUUCACCGGCAUGAUGCCCGUCGUCCUCGUGUUUCCCCUGGAGGCUUCUGUCUUCACUAGGGAGAGAUGUAACUCAUGGUACACCCUCAAGGCAUAUUAUCUGGCCAAAACAAUUGUUGAGAUUCCAUUCCAGAUCUUGCACCCCACCCUCUUCAUUUCGAUCGUGUACUGGAUGACGUCACAGCCCUCCGACUGUUACCGCUACGUCAUGUUCACCGCCACAUGCGUCCUGGUUUCUUUCGUGGCACACUCUCUCGGCAUGCUCAUCGGUGCCAUCGCAUGCGUGCAGGUUGCGGUGUUCCUGGCUCCGGCAGUGGCCAUCCCGUUCAUGCUGUUCAGCGGCUUCGUGGUCACGCUCCGCGCCAUCCCCCACUACCUGCGCUGGUUCUCGUACGCGUCCUUCCUACGCUACGCCUACGAAAGCAGCAUGCGGACGCUGUACGGCUACGACCGCCCCGAGCUGGAGUGCCUCGAAGACGACGCGUCGUCGCCCUGCCUCUUCGUGGAACCGAACCUCUUCCUGGACUUCAUGGGCCUCCACGAGAUGAGCGUGGAAGUGUGCCUGGCAGCGUUGUUGGGCUUCGUCGUGGUCUUGCAGGGGGCCACGUAUCUCGCCCUGAGGCACAGGGGCAAGCGUGCCCUUUGAGCCGUCGUCGCACUGACAAUACAUCGUACGAAAGACAGUUUACGGACAAUGGCAUGGGCGUGUACUUUUCUUGUAUGACUGUCAGAUUGGCCGCGCAAACUGUCUGCAGGCACGUUGGAGACGUUUGAAGCAAGCAUGUCUCGAAUAUGCUUAAGGCCGGUCCGCGUAUAAUUCUGUCACCGUGUCUGUGGAAAAGGCCGUGUCAUUCAUAUGGUGUUUGAGCAGAGUGACCGUGGCUCGAGGGG